CAGGCUGGGGGGACGUUGGGACCCAGCAGCUAACAGGCUAGCGGACAAACAGCGGGACCUCCGGCGGAUGUUAAAAUGUUUAGAGGACCCUGUGCCCGGAGAGCAGGGAGGGAAUCCGGGACUGACGCGUGUGUGCAGCCGGGAUGGAUGUGAGUUAACUGCGGGGAGGGGACGGUGUGGCCCGGGGGUGUUUGUUGAACCCAGCGGUUCCCUCGGUCCCCAUGGGCCGGGGUUCGGCAUAGCUCCCCGCCGCUGCUCAGACCCGGGCUCUGGGCGGACAUGUCAGCAUGAGGAGGACCGGAGGACCGAGCUAAGCAGGAUGGACGUCUGCGGUAGGAACCCGAACCGGACGGCGCCGGUCGGUGACGGCGGCCUACGUCAGGCCGAGGUCCCUCUCUGCUCUCGGACCAACGGGUGGAGCUGGCCCCCGCAUCCCUUCCAGCUGCUGGCCUGGCUGCUCUACGUCUACUUCGCCGUCACCAGCUUCGGCGUGUUCGUCCCUCUGCUGCCGCCGCACUGGAUCCCUGCAGGCUACAUCUGUACGGGCGUCAUGUUCGUCUCUCACCUGUGUGUCCACGUCAUGGCCGUCUCCGUGGACCCGGCCGACUGCAACGUCAGGACCAAGAGCGACCGGGGCCCGGUCCCCGUGUUCGACCGCUCCAAACACGCACACGUCAUCGAGAACUGCCACUGCUACCUCUGCCAGGUGGACGUGGGCCCUAAGUCAAAGCACUGCAGCGCCUGCAACAAGUGCGUCGCCAACUUCGACCAUCACUGCCGCUGGCUCAACAACUGUGUGGGCAGCAGAAACUACAAGCUGUUCCUCCACAGCGUGGUCUCGGCUCUGCUGGGCGUCUGUCUGAUUCUGGUGGUGGCCUCCUACGUCUUCAUCGAGUUCUUUCUGGAUCCGUCCAAACUGCGCACAGACAAACACUUCCUGGCGAGGAACGAGACGGCCGUGUGGUUCGUCUUCCUGCCUGUGGCUCCUCUCCGCUCGGCAGCAGCAGUGAUUCCUGGUCUGGCUGCUGUCACCAUCGCUCUGGCUCUACUCUCCUCAGUGCUGCUCUGCCACCUGCUCUGCUUCCACAUCUACCUGAUGUGGAACAGACUCAGUACCUAUGAGUACAUUGUGCGACAGCGCCACCGUCUGGACAGCAGAGACUCCAGGAAACCAGGACCAGUGAAGGAGGUGGCAGUUCCUUCAGUCGUCAAGGAUGUGAGCUACCCCGGGACUCUGGGCUAUACCAACCCUCAGCUGGUGGAGGAACCUACCACUGCGGCCGCACAGGGGGACCCAGAGUUCGUGGCUAAUGGCAGAGUGAGGGGUGUGGCCAGUCCUGUCAUGGAGGAAGAAGCUCCGACCACCAUCUCUACAGAGCUGAAAGCAUCAGCAAACACACAUCGACACACUCAGAGGAAGAAGAAGAGGAAGGUCCGUCGGGUCCCAGAGGAUUCGUCCAGAGAGCGCUGCCCGACGCCCCCCCCGCCCCCUGCAGAGCUCAGCAGUGUGUCCUCGGUGUCCCUGGGUCAGCGCCUUCCUUUCCCAGCCUUCCCUCUGAGGUCGUCCCUGCCCCCCCUGGCCCCGUCCUCGGGUCCCGUCCAGGCCGCCGCCCCCCCAGCUGAGUACCACUCGGACUCUGCGGAGUCUCUGGAGGAGAUCCCGGUGGCGUUGGCCAAGCUGGGCUCUUCGUCGUCGGCUGCUGACGCGUCCUCGUCCUCCCACAGGGCCCCCCUGCCCUCCCCCCAGCCCAGGACUAAGAGGAAGGCCUCGUCCUCCAGACCCAGCAGGGCUGUGACCCAGCUGAGGUUUGAAAUGGCCUCCGCUCACCCCCCCGCUGUGUUCGUCAGCCGGGCCAGCGGAGAACCGGCUGAGCCCCGGGAGGAGCUCCUUGGUCUGGGCAAACGGCCCAGCAGCUCCAGACCAGGGCCGGGGCCCAGACCCGGGUCCUGGAUGUCUCUGGGUUCAGGUGCAGCCUCCUGGAUGGAGCGGUAA